AUGGAGUCGGCUUCCAAAGUUCGGCGUUUGCUGGUCGCCAACAGAGGUGAAAUAGCAAUCCGAGUCCUCUCGACAGCCCGAGAACUUGGAAUUGACACUGUCGCCGUCUACACUGCCGAGGAUUCGAAUCAUGCCAUUCAUGCAGACGAGGCGUUGCUCCUCCAGUCUCCCAGCGACUACAUGAACAAGGAUCUUCUAAAGCAGUUAUGUCUUGACAAUCACAUUGAUUCAGUCCAUCCGGCGUACGGCUUUCUAUCUGAAAAUGCAGAAUUCGCGGACGCUCUGGAGAAGGCGGGAAUCUGCUUCGUCGGCCCGACGCCAGAGACCCUGAGACGCACUGGUGACAAGACUGAUGCUCGAGCGCUUGCUGAAUUUUGCGGUGUCCCUGUCUUACCAGCGCUGAAGCAGCCCAUUUCCCUGCUCGAGCAGGCGGCAGACUUCAUCGCCCACAUCGGGUUCCCUUUGAUGAUCAAGGCCGUCGACGGUGGUGGAGGCCGGGGAAUACGGUUGGUCACUCGCUCUGAGGAUUUGCAGGAUGCUUUCGAUCGAGCAUGCGGCGAAUCGCCGGGAGGGAAGGUAUUUAUCGAGAAAGCGGCGAUCGACGGGUACCGGCAUGUGGAGGUCCAGAUCAUCGGGGACGGUCGCGGGCAUGUGUCGCAUCUGUGGGAGCGUGAAUGCAGUAUCCAGCGAAGGUUCCAGAAAAUGGUUGAGCUUGCACCUUCGACGAUCAAAGACCGGUCCUUAGUGGCACGCGUGAUUCAAAGUGCGAUCAAAAUGGCGAAGUCGAUACAAUACCGGUCUUUGGGAACAUUCGAGUUUCUAGUCCAUGAGUCGAGACCGGAAUUCUACUUUCUCGAAGUCAACCCGCGUCUCCAAGUGGAACACACAGUAACAGAGGAAACUGCCAACGUCGAUCUUGUUCGAGCUCAACUGCUUAUUGCCCAAGGAGCGACUUUGGACCGGUUGGCCCUCCCGUCCGACCUUCACGAGGCCUCACUCGCGCAGCCUGCGAAGAACGCAUUUGCUAUUCAAUUGCGUGUCACGGCCGAAGACCCAGCGCAAGGAUUUGCCCUGAGCAUGGGUCGAGUUACGCAGUUCCACAGCCCCGGAGGCCGCGGCGUACGUGUCGACACUCACAUCAGCGGCCGCCGAAGCACGAUUAUCGGAUCGGCGUUCGACUCUCUACUCGCCAAGAUCAUUGUGAGCGCGCCUUCCCAGGAAGAAGUCAGGCUGAAAGGCCUACGAGCCCUAAACGAACUGGCCAUCAGCGGCGUCAAGACAAAUGUGUCGGUAUUGUUGGGUAUCUUGGCAUCUGCGGACUUUCAAGAAUCCUGCUGUUCGACACGGUGGCUUGAGACUCAUCUGGAUGAAAUUCGGAGCCUCGGACAGGAGUUGGAAGCCACAGCGCUCACGGCAAAGGAGAAGGCGUUUGGAGCUGAAGCCGGAGCCGGUCCUUCCUCCACUGAGGUAGCUGUCGGAGGACCGUCUAGCCUGCUCUUCAAGAAAGGCGACUCAUUCCGAGUCAAGCUGCGGGAACUGCACGAUGAUGAUAGGCACGGUCCUGAGCGGGAACACCUUAUCGUCCUAGAGCGGAUCGUGAACAAUGAUUUUCCCAACUUGAUUGCCGGCGACGUUUCGCUGGUCACGGACUCGUCUGGGGGAGCCAAGAACACCUACACCGCCAGUCUGGCGGCCUCAACUGCUGGGUCGGGUCUGGCUUCGUCGCACCAUCGCAAGGGCGAUCCUUCAGAUCCGAACCACGUCAUCUUACCGUUUGCUGGAACCGUGGUGGAACUACCGGUUGAAGUCGGCGACGAAGUGCAAGAAGGCGAGGUCCUCAUGGUCGUGCAGCAGAUGAAGAUGGAGUUGGAGGUUCGCGCCCCAACGGCCGGCCGUUUGACUUGGGUCUGUGAUGUUGAGGAGGGAGAGACUGUCGGCGAGGGUAUGUUGGUUUGCGAGAUACAGCUGGUCACGCAGGCACAAGGUAGCGGUUCGAGUUUGAGUGCCAAACUGUGA